AUGAACAUGGGGAGGCCACCUUGCUGUGACAAAAUUGGAAUUAAGAAAGGACCUUGGACUCCGGAGGAGGAUAUCAUGUUGGUGUCUUACAUUCAAGAACAUGGACCAGGAAAUUGGAGAUCGGUUCCCCCCAACACAGGUUUGAUGAGAUGCAGUAAGAGCUGCAGGCUUAGAUGGACUAAUUAUCUUCGACCUGGUAUCAGACGAGGUAAUUUCACCGAAAAUGAGGAGAAGAUAAUAAUCCACCUCCAAGCCCUUUUGGGUAACAGAUGGGCUGCUAUAGCUUCAUACCUUCCAGAAAGAACAGACAACGACAUAAAAAAUCAUUGGAAUACCCAUUUGAAGAAGAAGCUGAAAUCAAAUAAUCGAAGUGGUGGGAAUGAGGGUGUGGACCAAGAAGGACAAUCUUCUUCUUCACAUCUGAAGGGUCAGUGGGAGAGACGAUUACAAACAGAUAUCCAAACGGCCAAGCAAGCCUUGUGUGAUGCUUUGUCCCUUCACAGGCCGGCAGCAACACAUGCUUUGCCUGAUACCAAGCCUUCAAGUUCUGAUCAACCCUACAACCAUGCAUCACCUUCAUAUGCAUCAAGCUAUGAAAACAUUUCCCGGUUGAUGGUAAACUGGAUGAAAUCUCCAAACACAAACGAAACAAACUCACUAGGGGAUUCUUCCUUCAAUAACAUGGUCAAUAAUACACCGAGACCCAGUUCUAGUGAGGGAGCACAUAGCACCAGUAAUACCACGUGUGCACAAGAUCAUUUUUUUGACUUGUUCAUCCUCAACUCCCCCAAACACAAUGGUUCUCCAUCUCAGAAUCAAGUGCCUCUUACUCUGAUAGAGAAUUGGCUUUUUGAGGAAGGGGCUUCUCAGUGUCAUGAAGAUCUGUUGAACAUGUCGCUGGAAGAAAGUACUUCAGGUUUGUUUUAG